AUGGGUUUAGACUCUGAAGAAAUGACACUUUUCACAUGCCUCUCGUGCACAGUUGCCUUUGUAUCGGCCGCAGACCAACGGAUACACUACCGUUCCGACUACCAUCGGUACAACAUGAAGCGCCGAGUUGCAGGCCUUCCACCCGUAACUGCGGUUGUAUUCGAUCAAAAAGUCUUAGAACAACGGGUUGAUCCCGCAACCACGACCACUACCAGAGAUAUAAACUGCGUGAUGUGCAGAAAGUCAUACACGACAGAAAACGCUUAUAGGUCCCACCUUGCUUCGAAAAAACACAAAGAGAGUGAGCUUAAAGGAGAUUCUCAUCUUCGCAGAACGCACGAUACGCCUGCAACGCCGGUAUCUCCAAGACCACCCCACCUGGGCGAAGGCACUCCUUCAGAAGAAAUCGAACACAGUAUAGACAAUAACAUCGUUGCAGCUGACAGCGGGAUCGCCCCUGACGCCUGUCUCUUUUGCCCAAUGGCUUCCGCUGGGAUCGCUGACAACCUUACACACAUGGCCUCAAUACACUCCUUCUUUAUUCCUGACGCCGAAUACCUAGUAGACCUGCCUGGAUUGCUUACCUACCUCGGGGAGAAAGUUGCGAUUGGAAAUGUGUGCAUAUACUGCAACGGGAGAGGUCGCGAGCUCCACACCCUAGAGGCGGUCAGAAAGCACAUGCUGGAUAAGAGCCACUGCAAGAUUGCCUAUGACACCGAGGAGGACCGAUUCGAAAUCUCUGAUUUUUAUGAUUUCACGAGCUCCUAUCCGGAUGAUGGAGAACAAAACGUGAGUGGCGAAGGUGAAUGGGAAGAGUUAGAAGACGACGAGGAUGUGGACGAAGUCGCUGGCGAGGUUGCUGCCAGAGGCGACCGCGGCAUUUCUAGUCGUGUCGCUUAUGGGGACACCGAGUACGAGCUUGUGCUCCCCUCCGGCGCUCGCGUAGGACACAGAACCAUGAAGCGUUAUUAUGAUCAAUCGUUCUAUGGGAUCCGCUCCAAAGAACAAGAUCCCACAUGUGGAGCUGCCCUAGUCCGGCGCCUUCUCAAAGACAAGAAUUCCGCGCUCGUACCCCGAAAGGGUGGAUUUGGCGCAUUUGGCGCUGGAGCGGAUGUAGUGAAGGCAAGAAAUAAAGGUGAAGCGAGAGAAGCCGGCCGCCAUGUAAGGGAGUUCAGAGAUCAGAGACGAAAAGAGGAGUUCAAGACGAAAGUGGGAUUCAUACAAAACCAUCAGAAACACUACCGCGACCCCCUAUUGCAGGUAAGGGAUCAACCAAUCAUCCUCAGUGGUCGUGCCCUCGCUCAUUAUCACCGUACAAGUGACUUGUCUUUGAUGCUUCAAGCGCGUAAUCAUUGGAAAGUUCAUUACUUCAGAGGGAUGAGGUUAAACAGGAAGAAGUGUAAUGUGGAAAGAGAUAGGGUAUAA